CACUAUUCCAGGAGCCUAAUGGUGGCCUCCACCCCCUUCCCUCUAAGGCACCAUCCCCUGAGGCCGGAUCCAGCAGGGCACUGGGAGGUGGCUCCCCGGGCCCCUGCCCACCCAGGGGUUGCCUGCCCAGGGCUCCUCUGCUCCCACACCAAAGUUCAAGUGAAGCCCUGCCCACGGCCCACCCCCGCCCUGCUCCACAGUCCUAUUGUGAGGUCAUUGCCUUCUGAUGGGUUCCAUCCAGAGGUGUGUGGUGGGGCUGGGGGCUGGACAUGGCCCCCUGUCCCCAGCCUGACUCCUGCCUGGCCAGCGGUCCCCUCAGCCUGAUAUGUCUGUCCCUUUUGCUCGCCCCUGCUGCAGCUGGGACGUACUGCGAGUGCAGCCUUGGCCUCAGCCGCGAGGCCCUCAUUGCCCUGCUCACGGUGCUGGCGGGCGUCGGCGCCAGCUGCUUCUGCGCCCUCGUCAUCGUGGCGAUUGGUGCCCUGAGAGCCAAGGGACAUGAACACACCAGCCGCAGACAUGGGGAGAGCAGGGGAGGUCCCCACAGGAUGGUGGAGCACUUCGGGGUCCAGGAGGAUCACGUGGAUCUGCACACAGUGCAUAUGGAGUCCCACUUCACGGACCCUGACCUGGAGGUCUCCACGAUGCCUCCCCUGGAGGAUCACGACCUCAUGACCAUCCCCGUGGACCUGACGGCCCCAACUGUGACUCUAGAGGAGCCGUCCCCCCCCCCCCCCCCCCCCCCCCCCACCUGAGUAGGGCUGCAGGCAGCCUGGGGGAAGAGAAUUAAACACUAUUUAGUGCUUC